CCUUUGUUUCCUGUAGAGAAAUUCUAAAUCCAAAGGAUGUAAUCACUGCCCAGUUUGACAAUACGAAUUCCAGUAAGGAUUUCUGCAGCCAGUCGUGUCUUUCUACAUAUGAAAUGAAAAGGAAACCUAUUAUUACUAUUCACACUAACAGCAUUUCAACCAAGUGCAGCAUGUGCCAGAAGAAUGCAGUGAUCAGACACGAAGUGAAUUACCAGAACGUCGUACACAAGCUCUGCAGUGAUGCCUGCUUCUCCAAGUUCCGCUCUGCUAAUAACUUGACCAUGAACUGCUGUGAGAAUUGUGGAGGUUACUGCUACAGUGGGUCUGGGCAGUGUCGCAUGCUGCAGAUAGAGGGACAGUCAAAAAAGUUCUGCAGUUCGACGUGUGUGACACUAUACAAGCAGAAGUCAGCUAAAAUUACACCCUGUGCACUGUGUAAAUCCUUGAGAUCUUCAGCUGAGAUGAUAGAGAGCACAAAUAACUCGGGAAAAACUGAACUGUUUUGCUCUGUUAACUGCUUGUCAGCAUAUAGAGUAAAAAUGGUGACUUCGUCAGGUGUUCAAGUUCAGUGCAACAGCUGUAAGACUUCAGCCAACCCUCAGUAUCACUUGGCUAUGUCAGAUGGGAGCGUACGCAAUUUCUGCAGCUACAACUGUGUGGUAGCUUUUCAGAAUUUGUUCAACAAACCUGCAGGAGUGAACUCCUCAGUCGUACCCCUGUCUCAAGGUCAAGUCAUUGUAAGCAUUCCCUCGGGGACAACGGUGUCAGCAGGUGGCACCACCUCCACUGCAUCUCCCAGCUCUGGGAGCAGUUCAGCUGCAGCUGGUCUACAGAGGCUGGCUGCCCAGUCCCAGCAAGUCACUUUUGCCCGCAAGGUUGUAAAACUCUGGUGUCAGCACUGUAACAGAUUAUUUGCAACCAAACCAGAACUGCUUGACUUCAAGGGUAAAAUGUUCCAGUUUUGUGGGAAGACCUGCUGUGAUGAAUAUAAGAAGAGGAGGAGUGUAACAGCACUGUGUGAAUACUGCAGAACUGAGAAAAUUAUCAAGGAGACGGUGCGAAUCGCAGGCAUAGAUAAGCCAUUCUGUAGUGAAGGUUGCAAACUGCUCUAUAAACAUGACUUGGCUAAGCGCUGGGGAAACCACUGUAAAAUGUGCAGUUACUGUUUGCAGACUUCCCCCAAACUGGUCCAGAAUCUCUUUGGGGGGAGAAUGGAAGAAUUCUGCUCAGAGGAGUGCAUGUCUAAAUUCACAGUUUUGUUUUACCAGAUGGCAAAGUGUGAUGGUUGUAAGAGACAAGGUAAACUCAGCGAGUCCCUGAAAUGGCAAGGAGAUGUGAAACAUUUUUGCAAUCUGCUUUGUAUUCUGAUGUUCUGUAAGCAGCAACGUACUUCUGACCCUCCAGCCUCAAACAACACAGCAAACCCUUCUACAGCACCAGCUUCCUCAUCAGGCCCACCUUCUUUGAGGAAGGACUCAACCCCAGUCAUAGCAAAUGUGGUGUCCCUUGCCAGCACCCCUGCUGCCCAGCCAACGGUCAACUCCAACAAUGUUUUACAGGGUGCAGUCCCUACCGUGACAGCAAAAAUAAUAGGAGAUGCUAGUACUCAGACAGAUGCCCUGAAACUGCCAUCUUCACAGCCACCUAGGCUUCUAAAAAACAAAGCACUGUUGUGCAAGCCAAUCACACAGACUAAGGCCACCUCGUGCAAACCUCAUACACAAAAUAAAGAAUGCCAGACAGAAGAAGAAGAAGUUCAACCCAAAAUCAUUGUGGUACCUGUUCCUGUACCAGUGUUUGUGCCAGUACCCCUUCACCUCUACACACAGUACACACCAGUUCCCCUUGGGAUGCCAGUACCUGUACCCGUUCCCAUGCCUUUCCCAACUACUUUGGAUAACGCUGAUAAGAUCCUUGAAACAAUUCAGGAUAUCAAAGAAAAGAUUCCCAUAAGUCCAUUUGAAGCAGAUCUCCUUCAGAUGGCAGAAAUGAUUGCAGAAGAUGAGGAGAAAGACAAAACACACUCUCAUGGUGGCUCUCAAACAUCUGAACAUGAGCUCUUCCUGGACCCCAAGAUGUUUGAGAAAGACCAAGGUAGCACUUACAGUGGAGAUCUAGAAUCAGAAGCAGUAUCCACUCCACACAGCUGGGAAGAAGAGUUAAAUCACUAUGCCUUACGAUCAAACGCCCUGCCAGAACCAGAUCCAGAACCCAAGCAGAUCUCCAAAGGUGAAGUGGAACAGGACCUGGAGGCAGAUUUUCCAUCAGACUCAUUUGACCCUCUCAGUAAGGGACUGGGUUUGCAUUCACGUUCACGAGCAAGACGGAGGCACAGAGAUGGCUUCCCCCAGCCAAAAAGACGGGGACGAAAGAAGUCUGUAGUUGCUGUAGAGCCCCGCAAUCUGAUGCAGGGUUCCUAUCCAGGAUGCUCUGUUUCUGGGAUGACCCUAAAGUAUAUGUAUGGGGUAAAUGCCUGGAAGAACUGGGUCCAAUGGAAAAAUGCACAGGAGGAACAAGGGGACCUGAAGUUUUCAGUUCGUCCUGUGAAACUCAAGGAGGACAUUCUCUCGUGCACUUUUGCUGAGCUGAGUUUUGGCCUGUGCCAGUUUAUUCAAGAGGUGCGGAGACCGAAUGGAGAAUAUGAUCCUGACAGCAUCUUAUACUUGUGCCUUGGAAUUCAGCAGUACCUGUUUGAGAAUGGUAGAAUAGAUAACAUUUUUACCGAGCCCUAUUCCAGGUUUAUGAUUGAACUUACAAAACUUUUGAAAAUCUGGGAACCUACAAUUCUUCCAAAUGGUUAUAUGUUCUCAAGAAUAGAAGAGGAACACUUGUGGGAAUGUAAACAACUGGGUGCAUAUUCCCCCAUAGUUUUACUGAACACGCUGCUGUUCUUCAACACCAAAUACUUUCAACUAAAGAAUGUCAGUGAGCACCUGAAGCUGUCCUUUGCCCACGUCAUGAGACGGACCCGGACUCUGAAGUAUAAUACUAAGACAACAUAUUUACGUUUUUUCCCACCCUUUCAAAAACAAGAGGUAGAAUCAGAUAAACUGUCUGUAGGCAAAAGGAAACGUGGAGAAGAUGAGGAGAUUUCAACAGCAGUGGAAAUGGCUGAAAAUGCAGAUAAUCCCCUGAGAUGUCCAGUGCGACUUUAUGAAUUUUACUUGUCAAAGUGUUCUGAAAGCGUGAAGCAGAGAAGUGAUGUAUUUUACCUUCAGCCUGAGCGCUCCUGUGUACCCAAUAGCCCCAUGUGGUAUUCCACAUUGCCAAUAGACCCAGGAACUUUGGACAUCAUGUUAACUCGCAUUCUUAUGGUGAGGGAGGUACACGAAGAACUUGCCAAAGUCAAAUCAGAAGACUCUGAUAUUGAGUUAUCAGACUAACUGAAGUGGGAUGUUUUCCUUUGAAUGCAUCAGAAGCACCAAACUGUGAAUACGUCCAGCUUUUGGAAAAUGUGUAUUAAAUAAGCCAAGAUCGUGUCACCUACAGGCAUAUUUGGAACCACAGCGGAUGUACAAACUGGAACUGGAAGGAGACAAGCUCCAUAAGCUGCAAGAAACAACAUCCCGUGGCAGGCAGCGAUAAAUCCUCUGAACAAAUUCAAGUUGAACUAACCUGUUUGAGUGGUGCAUAAAUCCUUUAUCUGUGUAGGGUUUAAAAAAAAAAAAAAAUUGAGAUUUUUUUAAGGAAAAUGGUCGUGGAACAUCUACCAUAACGAUACCAGGCUGUGGCUCACUUGACCUCUCAGCCUGCUGGCUGGCAGUCCUUGCUGCCAAAGAACAGUGGAGAUCUUGGAGGUCUUCACAGGAACAGGAGAGGAUUUGGUGGUGUUGAGGCAACCAGACGACUUCCGUUAGAAAUACCAACAUGCUUUUAUAACAUUUUUUAAAACCGGGAUCAAACGCUGGGGAGGCAGAGGCUGCAGGCACAGCUGCAGGGAGCUGCUGAAGCAGCGGCUGCGUGGCUGCUGUUGCUCAGUGCCAGCCUUGCUCUCAGCCCAGGGCAGCAGCUCCCAGCCGUGCUGUGCAGAGUGCUGUAGAUCAAACCCGAGAGCAUCACUGCUGGGUUCUGUAUGGGAGGGGACAGUCCUGGGGCAUGUGCAGAAAAUCCCUUUACUGCCCCGUAGCUCUGCAGUCUGAUUCUAAUCUAGCAAAUACUGAGGUGCGUGGACAAUUUUUUUUCCCCUUGAGGCAGCUUUCCUUUCUCCUCUUUCCCUACUGCUAUGAUUUUGGGUAUUUCAGAGGGCGAAUCCAGAGGGCCCCGUUAUUUCAGACAAAGGGCCGUGCUCUCUUUCUCUUUCCCCCUUGCAGCGUGUGCAGUGUUGUCCAAAGGACGCAGUAUUACUUCUGACAACAGAACUGUGGUAGAGAACAGCCCCGUGUGUUUUUCCCACCCCACCAAAGAGGUGCAGGUGUGAUGUUGGGAAGUCAGGAAGCCUUUCUCGAGGCUUGGCUGUCACUGCAUGUUUUUGAAGAGAAGAGCUCCCACGUUGUGCUGAGAGGACAGGACUUCAU